CUUCCUUGCAUCAACUUUAUAUUUAUAUACGCACAACUUUUAAAAAAAUCGCUUAACAAGUGAUGAGCGUACAUUCUUCGUGUAAACUAAACAUACUUUUUCAUUUUGAAAUUUUGAGAUUUUGGAGGGGGGAAUCAAAGUGAAAAUACGGAUGACAUGGUAUACUGUCCUUGUGUACAACAUUACCAUCUACUGGUUGCGAUCGAGUGCACGAUGAUACAGCAUCGAAGUAUACAUUAAUUUUUGAUCGAACUUAGUAAGUGACAAUGCCGUUCAUUCAGCGGUGUUUGGAACCUAUCAACGUCAGUCGGGUGGAGGUAGAGAAGGGCAUUAAGAAUGAGUUAGAAUGCGUGACCAAUCACACCCUCAGUAACAUCAUCCUCCAGCUGAACAGCCUCAGCAAGCACGCGGAGGACAUGUUUACCGAGAUGUCGAUAGAGGUCAAAACGUUCAACGACCGGACCCAACAUCUCCAGGGUCGAAUCGACCAGCUCCAGGAGAAAGUAACGAGGCUGGAUGCAACAGCAGGAACACUUGUAUCCAUUCACGAAUUACAUUUAAAGAAGCCGUUCAGAAGUUCCACCAUUUACGACCAGCAAGUUGUGUCUAGAUCUACAACACCUAGAUGUAUCCUGAAGACCUACAGUCAGUGUAACCCCACCCCCGCUCUCAACAAACUCAGCCACUACAGGGAUGAUGGAAGAGACAGUUUAAAAUUCUAUACAGAUCCAGGUUACUUCUUUGAGUUGUGGUUCCUUGACAUUCAAAAGGAUAUGGAAAACAAAAAGACCGAAUUAGAAUUAAAAUCAAGAAAGAAAAAGAAACCCAAGCCAACUAAUCAAGGAAAAAAGCCACGUAUUGUGAAAACCAAAGCAGAAAGGUAUAAGGGAAAGGAACAUGGUGUAGAGUUUAUACGUUACGCGAAUCCCACUGAGAUUCAAGCUGCGGCAAUCAACAAACAGCUAAGCUUAAGAGUGAACCAAAGAAAACAAGAAAAUGUUCCUUAUGGCCAGGAAGACACAAGAAUGCCUCAGUGUACUCGGGAUGUAUCGAACCAUACAAACAUUAGGAAUAAUAAACAUGAGUAUAAAAUCGAGAAUAGUGAUCAUCAAAAAAAGUCUAUGCAUCACAGCCAGGUAUCAUCACAACCUAAUGUGGCGGAGAAAUACUCUUCUGGGAGUAUAAAUACUUCAAAGUCUCGUAUGCCGACACCAAGCCGAAACCCUGACAUAGUCAAUGAGUCACAUUACAGCCUUAUCGGAAACGAUCUCCCACCUCCUCCCCCGCCACCCCUCUCUCCGGAGGUUGAUUAUCCAAGGCGGUAUCCAUCUAAAAAGAAGAUUGCCAGGGUGUCCACCACUCUUCAAUCGUCACCUGAAACACAACAGGACGACUUCCCGCUCCCACCUUUUCCCUCGACUAUCAGCUCCGAACCAAUUCGAACCAUACCAACAGCCCCCAAAGCACCUCCGCCACCAACUAUUAAUACAAAAAUGGUUACAACAAAUGCAUCUGAUAAUAAGAAUUCUUCCGUUCAGACAAGCUCAGCUCUUUUGAUGUCCCUAAAACGAAAAUCCACUCGGAGGCAGUCAGGUUUGGUUGGCGGUGGUAGCAAUUUUUUAGAACAAAUUCGAGGGGGCAUUCAUCUGCGUCACUUGGAUGAUAUAAUGAAACGUAAGGUCAAUGAAAAUGGGAAAGGAAUCUUCAAAAAGUCGACACCAGAUGGAAACUUUGACAUCCAUUCCAUCAUGAACAGAGCAUUUGAAAUGCGUCGUAAAGUGGAAGAUAGCGAUGAAGAAGACGAAUUAUCAGAAAAUGAAUGGAGUGAUUAGCAAUAACUAAAGUCUUGUGGACAAGCAAUAUAAAUACCAUUACAGCCAAACGCUGGGAGAUCUCUCUUUCACUUAAUUACGAAACAGUGGUUUAACAUACCUAUAUGUACAUGUACUAGCUAGUAUAUUUAUACUGACAAAUUUUAUGUUGUUUUGUUAUCAUGGAAAAUUUUCAUAUCUACAUGUAGUAGAAAUGAAAAUUUAGCCUAAUAUGUUUAUCCCUCUUAAGGUUUAAAAUAUCUGCUGCAUAUUAUUUUGAUUAUGUGCGUAAAACUUUAAUCAUAUACAUGUAAUACAUACAUGUACAAUUCUUUAUCAAAAACUAAUUGUUUAUGUUAAUUUCAUCAUUGCAUAAUUAUCAUUUCCAAUUUUAAGCUUAGAUUAUUCUUAAAAUAAAACUUGGUGU